GUGGUUGUAGGGUUAUUGAGAUAUCCUGCAUACCUUACCUCGCUCGAUUUUCUACUGUAAACCCAUGAUAACAUGGAACUAGACAAAGAUAAUUUAAUGUCAAGCGCAGAAAAAAUUCCAUUUUGUGGAGUAUAUGUAAGGCGGGCCAAUGGAAAAGUGUUCCUGCCCUUAUUUCUUUUCAAUCGCUCGUUUCUUAAAUGUUUGGUUUAUGGCUAGUGUUACAGUUUGUUUGAGAAAUAUAAGAAUUUAAACAGCCCAAUCUAGUAGAAAGGAGUUAUUGUGUUAUAAUUAUGUAAUUUCAUACAUAUUAUAACGACCUUUAUAGAAUUAUCAGAGUAUUGUUGAAACAGUUUCUUUUGUAAACAAUGAUUUUCAAGUCAAGGCUCGGUCGCUUUAUUUUCAUGAUAUGAUGCCAGUAUUUCUUACCUUUCUGUAAACGUAACCUCUUGACAUUUUAAUCAGUAAGCUGGCUGUCGUUUUGGAUCCAAAAAUAAGAUUCAAGUGCUCAUGUCUAUAAGCUGUGCAAACAAGCUCCUAUUUGUAUAGAUUACCAAAAUAUUUGUUUGGAACACUGAUCUUAGUCAAAAUAAUCAUAAACAGUGUGGAUAACAACAUUGACAACUUUUUAAAAUUUUGAUGAUCACCCAGGUACAUAAAAAAGUUGCAUAAAAUGGAUUUCCAUCAUGAAGCAAAAUUAGGAAUAAAAUGAUAACAAAGAUUUAUUGAUCUUGCUCAUUUUUCUGCAUUUAAUAUUUAUAUCUACUUUGUCAACAAUCUGUAGAACUCUGGUUUUAUAAAUAAAGCUAUUGAUUAUUGAAUUGCCAGGUUUUAAGAACACAUUAGAAUAUUUUGCUAUGAAAAAGCAACAAGAUGUAACGUUUUAGAUGUUGUUCUAAGAAGUUAACCUUUACUAAAAGUUAAAAAGCUGAUUAUUUGGCUGGUUAUGGGUAAAAAUUUCUGGAUUGACAUAUUUAGAGUGAUACAUAGAAGGCAAUGUCUUGUAUUGCCAGACCUGACCAUUGUGGCUAUUUGCAUAUUCCCACCCUUAUAAGGUUUCAAGAAGAUUUGCUACCCAUAAUAGCAUUAGAAUGUUUAAUAAUCUAAAAAUCUGUUGUACAAUGAGAGUUUCCACAUUAUUGAAUAUAUAAAUUACUUAUUAUGGUAUGGUUUAUGGAAGACUUUUCUCUAGUUUGCGAGCUUUGAUUAAGGUUGAGUGAUUAGGUAUUCAUUUUUAAUGACCCAAAUCAUCAUUCAGGCAUUUUGAUUUCUUUCUGAAUAUUGAAAUUUGUUUUUAGAUAAUAGGCUCAAAAAUUUUCAAGCUCAAAUGUGUUUUAACAACCAUGAAAAAUAUAUUCCAUUAACUCAACACAAGUCAAAAUUCAAACUUUAUUUGCCAAUUUCAUUUUCGGCUCUGAAUUCAUAAGAUGGUCACAAACUGAUGUUGUCAGAAAUGAUUGUCAUUUUAAGCUGGGAAAGUAUUUGGUUUCAUUCAAUGUUUCAUUUAAUUAUGAUGGAAUAUUUUCUAAUUGCCUCAAAGGCUAGAAAAAACAUGAUAAAUGGUUGACUCAAUAAAUCAGAAAUGUGAUCAAGAAAAACUAUACUCCAGUGAUAAAUUGUAAAGUCACAAGGUACCAAAUUCUUACUGCGUUGAUACCUUUUGAAUUCAAUAAUUUGCAAAGAUUUUGUGCAGUAUGUUGGGCUCUUAUACACAGCAGCUAGAAAUCUUAGCUCUCUAUCAGCUAGAUUUGUCCAUGUUAUGAAAUUCAAUUACAACUAGAAGUGGCUACUGAUUUACAAAGCAGCUCCUUAAGGAAACAAGAAAAUUAAAAGAAACUUGAGGCAAAUGAUGUUUCGUCAACUUAACUUUUAAUCAUUAGAUAUUUUUCUUUUAGUUAGAGCUGAUUUGAAUGGUGUUGUAAACUUUCUUGAUAAGAUUUUGGACAAGCAAAAUAAUAAUGUUUUUGGCAGGUUUCAGAAAGUAAACAUUGCAAUCACACUGCUUUUGCUGAUGAUUGAUACCAUGUUUCAGUCAAAGAAUGUUUAUCUUAUUGAUAUAAUAAAUUUUAUAUAUUUUACCAUGCUUGGCUAAAAUUAUGUUACAGUUAUUACUAUUGAUUUUUUAAAGAUAGAUAGUUGUAUCUUUGUUUAGUUGCCUUUGUAUAAUCCAAAAUGCUGAAGGUUUUAAGAACUGUAAAAAUUCAAGGCUUCUGAUGAGGGGGUAAUUUGAAAAGUAAUAUAUGUCCCACAAUGUCCUUCAUGACACCCUAUAGUGCCACCCUUUCAAAUAAUGGCAGCUUUAGGGUAAAUCCCUAUUUUAAUGAUAAAGAGUAAAAUUUUCCAUUUUUUAUCUUAUCACAAAAAGCUGUCAAUAUAUCAGUACUGAAUAUUGGCAAGCCCUGAAUAUUGGCAACUAUGAUACAAGGGGGUUCUUAAGCCCCAUAAACUUCGGUUAGUUAUCAAGUUUAACUACCAAUGAAGAAAACAGUUUUGGUAACACAAGAGGCUACCUCGCCCUACUUUUUUGUGUUUGGAUGCCCAGUACAGAAUCAAUUGAGAAACAAGUAAUAUCAAUGUAAGCGUUAAUUUUUGAAUUGGUCAAGAUAAUCAAUUUUUGGGAGAUUAAAUUCCUUGUUUGGGUGUGCUUCAAUCAGUUAUGCAAAAAGAGCUUUUAUCAUAUCAAAAAGAAUUUUUAAACCUUUAACAAAGAGCUUCCUGAGAUGUCUGUCCCAUGCUAAGUUUUGUACAAUGAAAGACAUUUAGGAAUUCCAGGAUCCCUGGGUAGGAUUUAGCAACGCAGGUGCUAAAGUUGUUUACACCUACAAAAUGAUAAAGCUACUCAGUUGAAUGAGUUUUAAAGAAGAAAUUAUUUUUUAUUAUUAGUAAUGCUUUGCAUGAGUAGACAGUACAUAAAAUUUUUUAGAAUAUCAAAGUUAACAAAAGUUAUCAUGAGAUCACAAGAUCUCGAAGCUUCUGUCACCCACUGUCACCUUUAUCCUGGUUCAGAUGAUAUUGCCUGAUUGGAAGAUUAGAAUAUUUGUUUGUCAACUGUAGUUGAUAUUAAUUAGAUAAACCUUGCAAUGAUUCUUGAACAUAUCCAAAUAGCGGGUAGCAAAACUUAUUAAAAUUUCAAUGUCAAAUAGUUUCACAUCAACUCCCAGCGAGCAGCUAUUGUGGUUUUUGUUUUCAGGGAAUAGAUGGACAGACUUGACUAAGGUUUUUUAAGCGUUCAUAAUUAAUUUUUUUUUAAAUGGCGUUGUUAGCAAAGGCGUUAGCCUGAAAUUUUGUUUUAUCUUGUAUAUCGCAACUUUUAAGACCCUUUUUUAACCGACACUCCUCAGAUAAAAUCGUCAUAAUAAGGAUCAAAAAUGGGAAGUUAGAAAGCUAGCGGUUUUCAUGUAACGUAUUUCGACGUAUUUCGCAUAUAUUAAGAUUACUUCGUUAUAUGAAAACCGACCAAAUUAUAUGAAAACCACCUUAGUACAAAAUCCUUAUAGAACGUAAUUCAUCGUAAUUCAUCGGAAGAAGUAAAAAAAACUGUUCUACCCUACAAAAUACGUUGAAUUACGAUGAAAUGCGCCGAAACACGUUAUAUGAAAACCAGCCUUAAAGAAUGAGGCAGUUAAUAUUUUCUCAUUGUGAAAAGUGGGUUUUAAAAUCAGUUUUACGUAUGCUUGUAAAACAAUAUCAUUGAAAACUGAAACUGAACUAAAACUGAAAAUAGAUUUUAAUAUACUUUGAAGUAAAUAUCGGACAAGACCAAAUUAUGAUCCUAGGGAAGGCAGAAGUCCGUCCUUCAUUGAUACUUUUUUGUAGGCCUAAACAUUUUUUUAAAGGAGCCGAGGGAUGCUGGUUCUUGUUAUUAAUAAGACGGUAGCACUAGUCGAAAUAAAGCUUGUAGAUUAUCUUAAAAAUAAGAUAACUGAGAUAAAGAUGAAUAAAUCGACAAUUGGGGUUAUAGUAUAGAAGUUCGGUAAAAUAAUUAUCUUAAUCAGAAAGUAAAUAUAAGUCUUGUGGACAGUGGCAUGAAUAGGGCAGUCGGGGUCCAAAGGGAUUUUUCACUUCGGGGCCCCCUAUUUUAAGCAUUAUGCCACUACUUGUGAGUGUGUAUAUCAAUCUAUCAUUGUUAAAAGGUUCCUGCGGGUAGGCCUUUUCAGGCCUGUUUUUCUAUCGUUUUGCUAAUGUACAGUAAAAUGCAAUACAUGCAGUCAUCUCAUAAGAUUCUACGCUCCAUUUAACUGCCUUUGUUAUUUACUGAUUUUUGUUUUGGGUGUGGCUCGUAUCACGGGGUGUGACCUGUAGUAUAGCAUGGGGAAGGCACGUAUUGCUAGGAAAGGUAAAUACAUAGUAAAAGCCAUCUAUAUGAAAUAAUUGUAUCUAGGCAAUCUAGUCCUGUAGAGUUCCUUGUUCAUUUGUGUUUGGUUGGUAUGAGAACUGGUGAAUGAGUACACAUGUUUUACGCUUGACUGGUCAUGGGUCGGCAGGCGAACAAUUUAUUAAAAAUGGCGGCAUUGAACGAGUAUUCUCAUGAAGCGAAUUUUCUGCUGUUUAGCUCGUGGAUCUUAUAAGGAUUUUAUAAACGGAAUUGACAAACAGAGGUUACAACACCUUUGGUGAUGGAGUGCCUAAUGGAAAAUACAAGGGCAUUGAUGAUGAGGACAUGAGUGGCGAAAGAGGUUGUUAUUUUCGGGAUGGCCUCCGAAAGAUUGACUUCAUUCUUGUUUACACGGAGGACAAUGAAAAACCAGCUGAUCCGAAGCAUUUGGAGUACAGGGAGAAAUUUCUUGCAAAUUUGAGAAAAUCCCAUUUAGAUAUGGAGGAGGAAGUCACUGAAGACAAGAACACGAAAGUCCAUUUCAUCAAGUGCCAUUGUCCGUUCGAAGUUCUCAAAUUCUACGCAGAAGAAAUGAGUUUCAGAGCGCCUUUAGAACUUCGAAGUACUGUGAAAACCAACUGGACCGAGCGAAUGCUUGCGAAGUUUCAUCUACCAAAUCCAUUCAAAGAAGAGGUCCCAAAUUCACCACCGGACUUUUUCACUACGACCUUUCAAGGAGAUAAAAUGCACAAAUUCAUUGGCAGUGACAAUCCAGAUACCUACUUUACUGAUACUCAAAGGACAAGAGUUGCCUAUGAAAUAUUAGAAACAGCACCGUAUGGUAAAAGACAAAAAGGAGAGAUUGGUGUUGAGCGUUUGGUCGCGGAAGGUUGCUUUACUGCCGCUUAUCCGUUGCAUGUAGGACAACAUAAAAGACCGCGAGAAGAAGGUCCAGACAGCCCCGACGAUGAACCACAAAUGAAUAAAAGACAGAUUUUGAAGCAUUACUGGGGUCGUUGGAGCAAAUGGGCAAAAUAUCAGCCUUUAGAUCAUGUGAGGGAUUAUUAUGGAGAAAAGAUAGGGUUGUAUUUUGCUUGGCUUGGUCAAUACACUGCAUGGCUGAUUCUUCCAUCCUUUGUCGGUCUGAUGGUUUUUCUUUAUGGUAUUGUAACUGUUCAUUCACCGGAUAACAUUGAUGCUAUUGACAUCUGCAGCGCAAAAAACGGAACAUAUAGAAUGUGUCCACGGUGUAAUGAAAAUUUUGGUUGUAAAUAUUGGGAUUUGAAAAAGAGUUGUAAUCUAGCAAAGGUUUCUUAUUUCUUCGAUAAUGCAGCAACGGUAUUCUUUGCUGUUUUUGUUUCUUUUUGGGCUGUUUUCUUCCUGGAGUUUUGGAAAAGGAAGGAAAUCACAUUAGCUUAUCAAUGGGAUUGUCUUGGUUACGAAUCGGAGGAAGAGAGACCACGUCCAACAUUUGCUGCACUUGCACCGACCGUGGAGAGGAAUCCAGUCACAGGCAUUCUUGAGCCUCAUUUUCCUGACGAAAAAAGGAAACCUCGUUUAUUUUCUGGGAUCCUUAUUAUUGUUACUAUGGUGUCUCUUGUGCUCAUUUUCAUGAUCGGAGUCAUCGUUUACAAGCUGCUGGUGUACCGUCCUUUGGCAAAGAGCUCUCUCACUUCAUCCUAUGCACUGCAAAUUGCCAAUAUAUCGGGAGCUGUUUGUAAUCUUAUGUGCAUCAUGAUCUUAUCACGGGUAUACGAGAAAGUUGCAUUGGCAUUGACUCAUUGGGAGAUGCAUCGAACGCAAACAGAAUAUGAAGAUAACCUGACGUUCAAAGUUUUCGUCUUCCAAUUUGUGAAUUUUUAUGCUUCAAUCUUCUACAUCGCGUUCUUCAAAGGAAAAAUGAUUGGUUACCCCGGGCAUUACAACAAGCUGAUGGGAUUACGUCAGGAAGAGUGUGGGCCAGGUGGAUGCCUCAUUGAACUUGCUCAGCAACUUGUCAUCAUCAUGGUUGGCAAACAGAUGAUUGGAAAUAUCCAAGAAGUAGCUAUACCUCUAAUAAAACAGAAAAUGGCGAAAAGAAAAAGAGGAAAGAAGGACGUUGUUUUAAAACCGAGGUGGGAGGAUGAUUACGAACUAGUGGAAAAUGAAGGCCUUUUUGCUGAAUACUUGGAAAUGGUAAUCCAGUUUGGUUUCAUUACAAUCUUUGUGGCUGCAUUCCCGUUGGCUCCAUUUUUCGCUUUGGCCAACAACAUCUUCGAAAUUCGCAUCGACAGCAAUAAACUGGUUUGCGAAACUAGAAGGCCGAUUGCAGAACGAGCUCAGGAUCUUGGAGUUUGGUUCAACAUUCUCGAGGCCGUUGCGAAAAUUGCUGUUAUUAGCAAUGCUUUCUUGAUCGCGUUCACCUCGAAGUUUCUUCCCAAACUGCUUUAUCGUUACAAUGUUUCUGAAGACGGUUCACUGAAAGGAUACCUCAACUACAGUCUUGCUUGGGCGCCUCCCAAUGCAACAAAACAACCCUGCAGAUACAGAGACUUCCGUGACGCGAAUGGCAAUUUGACCAUUUUCUAUUGGCAUUUGCUUGCCCUCAAACUUGGUUUCGUGAUUCUGUUUGAGCAUUUCGUAUUUGCAACACACAUGCUGAUCGACUUCUUGGUACCAGAUAUCCCAGAAAGCCUUGACAUCGCAAUCAAACGAGAAGCCUACCUUGCUAAACGAGCCAUGUCUGAAGGUCAUGCCCUCGCUGAAACAGACACUGGCGAUGAACUUGAUGAUCGUAAUAUUGACAUAAAAGUUCAGUAAAAAAACUACCGUGUAAAGAACCAUCGUUUUACCAUGCAAAUCUGAAGCAUUACAAGCAAGGACCCGAACUGGGGCGACCGCAUUUAGAUAUCAAACAAAGCGGGUAUUUAUAAGCCUUCGGUUUUUUGUUAUGUUUCUUGACUUGAAUUCGAGGUUUUUUUCCGUAUAAGAAAGAAUCUUUCUAAGCAGCCUAUAAACAUUUGUGAGAGAAAAAUUAAAGGUUUUGUGCCUUUUGCGGUUCAGUUUCUAAUGCUCGGCGAAAAUUCAAUAUGCUUACAUUACGAAAUUUACAAACAUUUAUGUAAGAUUGGCAAUAUAAACAGGCCUCUGUUUAUGAAUGCUUCACCUUCAGUAUGUUUUCUACUUCCUGAGCUCCAUUCUAUUUCCAGAGCUCCUAUCCAUUAUUAUAUUUAAGUGAUUCCUGCUACUUGUAAAUGUUUAUACGACUCUUGAUAUAAGCUUGCGUUAAAUGUUGUUAUAAUCCUCCGCCCGUAUAUCCCCUAUUCUUGCUGUGUCCUCUUUUUUCUAUUUUUCAAUAGAUUUAGGUGCAACAUAUUAUUUUACGUGUAUUUAUGAUAUAGAAGAUUUUAAACGAUAAAUAUCUACUCUAUGAGGGUUUAUUGUGGUAAAUAUUUAGUUAUGAUUAAGAGGAGAGGCUAAUAGUAAUGUGUUCCACUGUCAUUUGUGAUUCGCUUGAUAAAAUUUUUCAAUGUCAGUUUGCUACUACGACAAUACUCGUUGUUCACAAAAUGCUUGACAUUCGAAAACAGGAUCCAAAAGUCCAACACGGGAAAACACUGGUUUUUCAACUGAUGAGCUUGAAUCGGCAUUUUGUAAUUCAGGGUCAAGUUAGACCUAUUUGUGCAUAAUUUUAAGUUUGAAAAAUUAAAGAGUUAAAAAUGACAUUUAUUAGAUGCGCCAUAACGACUUCCGAUGCUGUUUACAAUUAUUUUUUCGUGUUGGUAAGGUCCAUGAAAUUUAAUGAAAUUUAACAGGCUAAACAUUUCGAAUACCCUUGUCGCCCCUAGGAGUACCUUUUCUUUAUGUAGCAGAUUGCUGCUUACGUUAUUAUCGGGCCUAAAUACUUCUAUAAAAGUACCAGGCCUACAUUGGGUGGGAUAAAAACUGAUCUACUUAACACCGCUGGCAUUUAAAUGUGGAACAAACGAGAUUCUGUACAAAUGCAAUGAUAAAGUGAUUUUGCGUGUUAUUAACUCUAGCGUUAACAGCCUGGCAACGUGCCCAUGUCUAGAGCGCAGUAAAUACCCGCAAAGAAAAACAAGCUUUUCGAGAGUCAAAUUGGUCUUGUUUUUAGGUGCAUGUAUGGGUUGCAGGGAACAAUUUUCUUGAUUCGUGAUGCCUGGUAAUAGGGGUGUCUCUGAACAAUAGUUGUUCAGGAGACAAUGCUUUCUGAAAUAGAAGUAUUAUUAUUGGUAAGGCAAGAAAGGGGCUCUUAAAUAUGGCUCUUGAUUAAGAAAGUACGGUCUAAAAUCUCUUAAAUUCUUCUCUUUCUUCUUUGUGUUUUUCUUUGUGUGGAUUUACUGUAGCAUAUUUUAAAGUAUUCUUAGCUAUGUAAGCAAAUUUACAUUUUCAAUUCUCAUUUAAAAGGCAAUCAGAAUAUGAUAGAUAAUUUUCUCAUUCUCCGUAUGUUUUCCCGUGCUAGCAGAUGGCACAUGUAGUGAUGAAUAUGUAUUGUGUUUAAAAACGUUGAAUUCUUCAAUCUGGAUAGAGAAUUUGGGUAUAUUAAAUAUUAGCUAAGUGGAAUUAGUAAAUAGUAAAUUCUAUGCGAAAUUUGUCUUA